AUGAACGAAAAAUUGACAGACACUUUACGACAAUUUGGUGUAUUAGACAAGAUAGAAGAGUUGGGCCUUGAUUCGGCUGCUGAUAUAUUAUCCAAAUCCUCAGCAGACUUGCAAAGGUUACUACGCAUAAACAGCCUUCAAGCAUCCUUGAUCUUGCGAAAUGCUUCAAGAGAUGUCUAUGAUUGGAGAAAGAGAAUGAAGACAGGCGAUGAACUGCUGCUACAAGACACACAGAUAUUAACAACGGGCGAUGCCAUCAUGGACCAAGUGCUGCAUGGAGGUAUAUCACUAGGAAUGGUGACAGAGAUUGUAGGCGAGAGCUCUUCUGGGAAGACGCAAUUAGCUCUACAACUUGCAUUGACAGCACAAAAACCCAAAUCAGAAGGUGGAUUGGAGGGGGCAGCCGUCUACAUUCAUUCAGAAGGUCCAUUUCCAUCUACUCGCCUCGAUCAACUCGUCAGUCAAUACCCAGCUUCCAAGCAGCAACAACUCAAAAACAAUAUCCAUACAAUUCGUAUUCGCACCAGUGAGGAACAAUAUCAAGUAUUAGCAUAUCAACUGCCCGUCUUUUUAGAACGACAUCCCAACAUCAGAGUCGUCUUGAUAGACAGCAUCAGUGCCAUCUACCGAAGUGAGCCAGCAUCCGAGAGAAACAAGUUUGACAAGAUGAGCGAGAUCUGUGAAUUGGGUUCCAGGUUGAAAAAGCUGGCAGAUCAGUAUCAAGUCGCUAUUGUGGCAGUGAAUCAAGUGUCAGAUGUAUUUGAAAAGGAAAAGAACGGUAACAGGGAUUACAUUGAUAGCUGGUUAGAUUUCAAGCUUGUCAAUGCGGAUGAGAGCAACACAAUGAUUGGAAUGUUUAUACAGUCUUUACUAAAGAAGCCCGUUUUGGGUUUGGCAUGGUCAAAUUCAAUCAACACGCGCAUCAGACUUGCUCGAUCGCCCAUGCUGGAGAGGAUACAAACGAAAAGAAUUUUGUUUGUCGAAUUUUCGCCAAUUGCCUCGAGAUUGGGGUGUGAAUUGACCAUUGAUGAUAGUGGCAUCCAUGCUACAACCUCUUGA